AUGGUCGCGAGGCGCAGGGGCCUCCCCGCCCCGGGGAGCAAGUACAAGGGGCGAUUCGCGCUGAUCGGCGACGGCCAGUGGCACUUCCUGCGCCGGCAGGACCUGCGGAGCCAGAUCUUCAAGAGACGCCCCGCGCACGAGCGCCGCGCGCUGCCCGACGUCGAAAAGCCGUGGCGGUGGCCCUCCAUGGAGAUCCUGCCGCUGUUGCCGCGGGGCGCGCACAUCGGGGUCCGGAAGGGCCCCGGCAACUUCCCGCCAACUCGCGUCCGCGGCGCCACUCUGCCUUCCACGGCCAAGGCCGGCGCGAAACACGCCAAGAAGCCCCGCAAGGGCUUCGGGUGCGACUUUUGUGGCAAGGGGGGGCAUCACGAGAGCGCGUGUCCGCAGAUGGCGCUGCUGCGUCAGCAGGCGCUGCACAACGUGGACCACGACAACGGGACGUACGACCCGGUGACGGAGCACGUGCCGCUGCAGGGCCAGGCGCCGGGCGACUACGUGUACUGCAUCUGCGGCGACCAGCGCGCGCCCUCGCGCGCCCGCAACCGCGCGGCCUUCCACCGCGGCCAGGUGGAGCUGUGCGUGGUGGACCGCAUCCGCCGCGCCACACUCGUGGACGCGUCGGGCGCGAACACGAAGGUCGACGUCGUGUUCGACGCGCGCUGGUUCAUGCGGCCCGAGGAGACGCACACGGGCCGCGUGCGCGGGCGCCACCACGACAGGGAGGUGUUUUUGUCGACGGUGUGCGACGUGGGCAACCCGGCGGCGUCGAUCGUGGGCGACGCGCAGGUGGUGUCCCCCGGGGAGUUCCGGCUCGCGGAGGCGAUCAGCCAAGACGUCUUCCUGUGCGGGUACCUGUACGACCCACUCGUCCAGCAGUACAAGCGCGCGCCUGCGUGCGUGGACUCGUGGCGGCUGUGGAUGUCCGGCGACGACGGCGCGGUCCUCGACGAGGACGCCGUCGCGGACGACAACGACGAGGACCUCGACCACCACGACCGCACGUUCCAGGGCCCCGCGGGCGCCGCAGCGACCAAGCGGCGCCGCAGUGGUGCCGCGGCCGCGCAGCAGCGCAAGCGCCGGGCGCUCGUGGCCCCGGGCGACGUCGCGGCCGCGGACGACGAGGCCGACGCCGACGACGAGGACGCGGGGGUCGCGGGCCUCGCGGCCGCUCGCGGGCGGGAGGGCACCGGCGAAGCCCCUGUGCGGGAGUUCCUGGAGAGCGCGAUUCGGUCGGGAACUUCGGACUGCAUGUUCGUGGCGGGGAUGCCGGGGAUCGGGAAGACGGCGACGGUGCUGGAGGUGGUGGAGUCGCUGCGGAAGGAGGCGGCGCGGGCGGAGUUGGAGGGGGGUGAGGAGGGACUCCCCCCCUUCCAGUUCGUGGAGAUCAACUCGGGGCGGCUCGCGACGCCGCAGCACGCGUACCAGCAGCUGUACGAGGAGCUCUCGGGGUCGUUCGUGAGCCCCGCGCAGGCCAAGCAGCUCCUCGAGGCGCGGUUCAAAGGAAAGGGCAAACAGGGUCUGCAGAGGGUGACUGUGGUGCUGGUGGACGAGAUGGACAUGCUGGCGAACAGCAGGCAGGACGUGCUGUACGAGCUGUUCGGGGAGUGGCCGCGGCAGGACGCGAAGCUGUGCGUGAUCGGGAUCGCCAACACGAUGGACCUGUUCCAGCGCCAGCUCGCCGCGGGCCGCCUGCGGUCCCGCGCGGACUCGAUCAAGCAGCUGGCCUUCCAGACGUACACGACGCAAGAACUGACGUCGAUCCUCAAGCAGCGCCUCGACGGCAUCCACAUCACCAUCGACGGCGAGCAGAAGCCGCUCUUCCUCAACGCAGCCAUCACGCAGGCCGUCGGGAAGGUCGCCGCUCUCGGCGGCGACGUGCGCAGGCUGCUCGAGGUCGCGAAGCGCGCGCUCGACAUCACCGAGGCCGCGCAGGCCAACGCGCUGCGCGCACUCGAUGCCGCGGGCGCUGCGGCGCCGCCUGGCGCCCGCGCGAGUCCGCGGGACGGCCGCGCGGCGGGGGCGAAGAGCGUGGUGACGCCGCACACGGAGGCGCACGCCCUCGCGGCGCCGCGCACGGACCGGCGCGGCCCGACGCCCGCGACGCGCCCGCACGCGCAGGACGAGUGCGCGGGGGGCAGUCAGGCCGCUGGAAACGCGCCGGAAGAGCCCCGGCGAAGAUCUCCGCGGCACGGCUCAGAUGCGGCGCUGCGGACGCCCGCUGCGACCGUGGUGGACAGCGACCCGCCGUCCAGCCCCGCGCUCGAUCUCCCGGACAGCCAGGACACCGUGGCGCCGGCUGCACCGCGCCCGCGCCACGCCGCGACGCCGAUCACCUGCACGCCGCUGCCCGGCGCCAGCGCCGCGCGCGUGCAGCACCCGAUCGCGCUGCUCGCGGCACCGGACGCGGACCGCCCCGCGAUGCGCGCGCCGGCGGUCGCGGCCGCGAAGAUGCUCGCGGCGGGGCAGGUGACCACCAAAGUCAUGAUGCGCGCCGUCAACGAAUCAUAUGCAAACUACAACGUCAAAGUCAUCGCCGGGGCGUCGUGGAUCGAGCGGCUCACGCUCGGCGCGCUCUUCCUCGAGACGCGCGACACCGGCGCGGACAUCGCGACCGUCGAGGCGCUGGUGGCGCGCCUGGAGCCGCUGCUGCGGCAGCGGCGCGCCGAGUGCCGCGGCAUCGAGAACCCGGCGCGGCUGACGGCGUGCGUGGUGGCGGCGGCCGCGCGGCUGAACGCGGUGAGCGUGCUGCGCGUCGACGCGCCCGCGCGGCACCGGCUGAUGCGGUGCUCGCUGGGGUCGCCGAGCCCGGACGAGGUGGUGCGCGGGCUGCAGGCGGCGCGGGACCCGGAGCUGGCGUGGCUGGUGGCGCUCAUGGAGGCCGCGGCGCAGGGGCAGGGCGGCGCCGAGCACCAGCGGGAGCGCGUGGCGCCCACGGCGGGCGUGCUGUGA